UAACUGUAAAGCAACGGGAUUGCAGAGAUCACAGCUGAAACGUUUAGUCCUAAUCGGAGGUUGGGAGAGCUGCCUUGUGGUGGGUUUGGACCCAAGUGAACUUGUUCUUCUUAUAUAACUGAGGUUUUAGGGUCGUAAUUGUUGUUGGACAUAGACAGCCCUAUUCCUUACUAAAUAUCAUUGAUUUCUACCAACUUUAAAGGCAAUGUAAAGCGCAGCCGGCUCAUUAAUCCUGCCGCAUUUUAGUCAGUGUGGAAUUUGUAAAUUCUCCCCGAGUGCCCAGAUUUAUCUCCCACAUUCCCAAAAGAUUUACAGGUCAGGCAGAUUCGCGAUUCCGAAUGGGUUUCGACCAGAGAAAAACAUCAAUCCAGCCAAUGCGACCCUAAGUGGGGCCAAGAAUGUUUGAUUUAAUGGGUUUAAUUAACGUUGUACUUGACCGAUUCAGCCAUAACAACUGUGCGCAGCAUGGGAAACGUCAGGUGUUGCGGGCUCUCAAACAUCAAACGAGUGGCUGUACAGACAAACCAUUAACCCCCCCAAAAAGGAGGAUUAUUUCGGAGAAGAACAGAACGCUAAAAAAAGUGUAAAGAUGUGAAAAUGAAUGCCCUGGGAGCUGUAGAUAAGGUUACACCUGCCGUCAAGGACAAUUUGAAAGGAAACUUUUAAAAAAACAAUAAACCAGGAUCUGGGCUGUUAGUCAUAACGCUGCCGAAGCCUCUUCACUGCACCAGUGGACAAAGCCAGGGCACCGUCGACUUCGAACCCAAAAUGCGGUGGCUCGCCUUACUGUGCCUGACGCUUGCCUCGGUGAGAGCGGAUCCAGCUGACAACGACACCGGGGACACCGGCAAAUCUGAUGGUGACAAGCCAGAAAUUGCACGGGGGAAAGUCAUUGCUCCCAGUGUAGUUGGAUGAUCCAUUAAGAGCAUGCCGGAGCUGCGGGAGUUCCUCAUGGAGAGGUGGGCGCUAUAUCACAAUCUUCAGUACGACUCCACUGAGCAAAAGGAGCCGCAGCUGGUUCUCUACGACAAGGAGGACAAAAUUGUGAAGGCCGUCAGCAUAAAGGAUAUGAAAGCUGAUGAGAUCAGCGCCCUCCUCGACUCCUUUGGAUUUUACAAACGCUCACAGAAAGGUGAAGACGUUCCUCAAGAGUUUCAGCAUCUGCCUCUUCGAGUGCCACGAGAUGAACUGUGAGAGACAGCGCCACCUAGUGGGAUGCAUGAAUGACGUCAGGGACCAAAAGGUCAAGCCAGGACAAAGUUUCUGACUGAGCAACCACGCUUCUCAUGGGAGGUUUUUGUCAUUAAA